CGCUUCUUCUUCAACCGGGUAGCUUCCUUUUAGCGAACGUUAGCUUCACCUAGCUAACCCGCCUCUGUACGCGGCUCUCUCGGGGAAACGACAAAUAUACUUAUUGUUACGAUGGCUGCAUUAAAAAACAUAUAGUUUGGGUGUUGUUGUUUUUUAAUAAUAAGCCAUGGGUCAAUUUUAGAUGAGACUCCAUCCCGUUUUCUUUUAGAAUUAAGUUCCGUUUCGCUAACUUGCGUUCAGAAAAUUAUGCAUUUAAAACACUUUAAGUAAAGUCCCUCUGGAUUUAUAAAGCUGCAUGUAACAAGCGUUCGUUGGUUUGGAGUAAAAGGCACAAAAGUGCAGGAUGUCUGACUCGGAUAGUGACGAUGACCAAAACCGACCUUUCUCUAUCGCUGGUUUCCUCUUCGGAAACAUCAAUGAAGAUGGACAGCUGGAGGAUGACACUGUUCUGGACAAUGAGUCCAAAAAGCAUCUGGCCGGCUUAGGAAAUCUUGUCCUUGGCUCACUCAUUACAGAAAUUACUGCCAAUGAUGGGGAAAAUCAAGAAGACGGCAAGGACUCCAGCGAUGUGAAUGCAGAAGGUUGGGUGAAGAGCACAGAAGACGCAGUUGACUAUUCAGACAUCAAUGAGGUUGCUGAAGAUGAGACCAGGAAGUACCGCCAGGCCAUGGGCUCUUUACAGCCCAGCAGAAAAACAGAUGAUGAAGAAGACUAUGAUGGAGACUGUGAGGAUAUCGAUUCCAAGCUCAUGCCUCCUCCGCCACCUCCAACUGUUUCCACACCUGGAAGGAAAGAUGAGACAGGCGCAAACGUUGGAGAAGAGGGCGAUGGCAUCAUUCUCCCCUCCAUCAUCGCGUCAUCGUCAUCUGCUGGCGAGAAGGUUGAUUUCAGCAGCUCCUCCGACUCUGAGUCAGAAACAGAUCGGCCGUGCCAGGGUUCAGGUUCCGGUGGAGCUCCGGAUAGCCUCACCCUCCCACUGGCUGGCAUCAUGCAGAAAGAUGCAGCCAAAGCACUUCCUGGUGUUACAGAACUUUUCCCAGAAUUCCGGCCAGGCAGGGUUCUGAGGUUCCUACGACUGUUUGGACCUGGGAAGAACAUGCCGUCAGUUUGGAGAAGUGCACGCAGGAAGAAGAAGAGGAAGCACCGUGAUGCUCUUCCAGGGACGCCUCCUCCCGAGGGGGAACCGGCUGAGCAGGGGCAAGAGAAGAAGUCCGGUUGGGUUUAUGAGUACGCGCCAGCUCCGCCGCCAGAGCAGUGUCUCUCUGAUGAUGAGAUAACCAUGCUGGCUCCUGUCGAGUCCAAGUUUUCUCAGACAUGUGGAGACGGAGACAAGGAGGCUGAGUCUAGACCCCGUGUGGCGGAGUGGAGGUAUGGUCCAGCCCAGCUCUGGUACGACAUGCUUGGCGUCCCAGAAGAUGGAAGCAAUUUCAACUAUGGCUUCAAAGUGAAAGACAAAACAAGUGAACCUGAGGCUCCUAAUCCUCCUGCAGAAGCCACUGAGACCCCACAGGAGGUGAGAAUCACUGGAGAGACUGCGUCUGCCGUGUUGCUGAUGCUGGCCUUGUUUCCGCAGGUUGUGAUGUGGGACGGUGAAGGUGACGAUGGAGGCAGUGAAAGUAAAAACAAAGACAGAGCUGAUCUGGAGAACGAGCUGUUCCUCAUGGUCACUCAGCUGCAGUGGGAGGAGGACAUCAUCUGGAACGGGGAGGAUGUAAAGCACAAAGGGACAAAGAGUCAGCGUGCCAGCCUGGCAGGAUGGCUGCCGUCAAGCAUGACCCGCAACGCCAACGCCUACAACGCUCAGCAGGGUCUGACUAGAAGUAACUCCCAGUUGGUGCCCCCCACUCCUCCCCCGAUGCCCAAACCUUUGUCCAUCUCAGGAUCCAAACGGGACAAGAACAGCCACGAUAUUCAAGCGCUCCACGAGGAGGAUUCUCCUUGGUUUUCCAUUUUCCCCAUUGACAACGAGGAGCUGGUGUACGGACGGUGGGAAGACAACAUCAUCUGGGACGACCAGGAGAUGGACCACAUGCUCAACCCGCCCGUCCUCACCCUGGAUCCUAACGAUGAAAACAUCAUUCUUGAGAUUCCAGAUGAAAAGGAAGAGACGACGUCUCACUCGCCUUCAAAAGAAAAUAAGAAGGAAAAUGCAUUGAAAAAGAGCCGGAUCCUUCUGGGGAAGACCGGCGUGAUCAAAGAUGAGCCGCAGCAGAACAUGUCUCAACCUGAGAUCAAAGACCCCUGGAACCUCUCCAAUGAUGAGUACUACUAUCCCAAACAGCAGGGCCUGAGGGGAACCUUCGGAGGAAACAUCAUUCAGCACUCCAUCCCAGCGCUGGAGCUCCGCCAGCCGUUCUUCCCCACUCACAUGGGACCGAUGAAGCUGCGACAGUUCCAUCGCACGACUUUGAAGAAGUACUCUUUUGGAACGCUAGCUCAGCCAGGACCUCACAUGGUCCAGCCGUUACUCAAGCACAUCAAGAAGAAGGCCAAGAUGAGGGAGCAGGAGCGACAGGCGUCAGGAGGUGGAGACAUGUUCUUCAUGAGGACGCCGCAGGACCUGACAGGCAAAGAUGGGGAUCUGAUCCUGGCCGAGUACAGCGAAGAGUACCCCCCACUCAUCAUGCAAGUUGGCAUGGCGACCAAGAUCAAAAACUACUACAAGAGGAAACCUGGCAAAGACCCUGGAGCUCCGGACUGCAAAUAUGGGGAGACUGUGUACUGCCACACGUCUCCCUUCCUUGGAUCCCUCCAUCCUGGGCAGCUCCUGCAGGCGUUUGAAAACAACCUUUUCCGUGCCCCCAUCUACAUGCACAAAAUGCCUGAAACGGACUUCCUGGUUCUCAGAACUAGACACGGCUAUUACAUCAGAGAGAUCGUCGACAUCAUGGUGGUGGGACAGGAGUGUCCCUUAUAUGAGGUUCCUGGCCCCAAUUCCAAACGGGCCAAUACCCACAUCAGAGAUUUCCUCCAGGUUUUCAUCUACAGACUGUUCUGGAAGAGCAAGGAUCGUCCUCGGAGGAUCCGCAUGGAGGACAUCAAGAAAGCCUUCCCGUCUCACUCCGAGAGCAGCAUCAGGAAGCGCCUGAAGCUCUGCGCCGAUUUCAAACGCACAGGCAUGGACUCCAAUUGGUGGGUGCUGAAGCCCGACUUCAGAUUGCCCACAGAGGAGGAAAUCAGAGCGAUGGUUUCUCCAGAGCAGUGUUGCGCUUACUACAGCAUGCUGGUGGCUGAGCAGAGACUGAAGGACGCAGGAUAUGGUGAGAAAUCUUUCUUUGCUCCAGAAGAAGAGAACGAGGAGGACUUUCAGAUGAAGAUCGAUGAUGAGGUACGAACGGCCCCGUGGAACACGACCCGAGCCUUCAUCUCCGCCAUGAAGGGUAAGUGUUUGCUGGAAGUCACCGGAGUAGCCGAUCCCACCGGCUGCGGGGAAGGAUUCUCUUACGUCAAAGUGCCCAACAAGCCCACUCAACAGAAGGAUGACAAAGAGCCGCAGCCCGUCAAGAAAACAGUGACGGGAACAGAUGCUGACUUGAGGAGACUCUCACUGAAGAACGCCAAGCAGCUACUGCGCAAGUUCGGUGUUCCAGAGGAGGAGAUCAAGAAGCUUUCUCGGUGGGAGGUGAUCGAUGUGGUCAGAACCAUGUCCACGGAGCAGGCUCGUUCGGGCGAGGGACCGAUGAGCAAGUUCGCCAGAGGCUCCCGUUUCUCUGUGGCUGAGCAUCAGGAGCGCUACAAAGAGGAAUGCCAGAGGAUUUUUGACCUGCAGAACAAGGUCCUGGAGUCGACGGAAGUUCUGUCCACUGACACCGACAGCAGCUCGGCGGAGGACAGCGACUUUGAGGAGAUGGGGAAGAACAUCGAGAACAUGCUGCAGAACAAGAAGACCAGCUCGCAGCUGUCACGUGAGCGGGAGGAGCAGGAGAGGAAGGAGCUGCAGAGGAUGCUGAUGGGCGAGGAGAGCGACCGCGACAACAAGGGCCGCAAGGACCGACGCAAGGGCUUGUCCAGUUCCUUGUCCACCAGCUCUCACAAAGACGACGACACGUCAUCGGUCACCAGCCUGAACUCCUCAGCAACAGGCAAACGACUAAAAAUCUACCGCACGUUCAGGGACGAGGACGGGAAGGAAUACGUGCGCUGUGAGACUGUGCGCAAAGCUUCAGUCAUUGAUGCGUACCUGAGGAUCAGGACCACUAAGGACGACGACUUCAUCCGAAAGUUCGCUCUCUUCGACGAGCAGCACCGAGAAGAGAUGAGGAAGGAACGUCGACGUAUUCAGGAGCAGCUGAGAAGACUGAAACGGAACCAAGAGAAAGACAAGAUCAAGGGGCCUCCAGAGAAGAAGACCAAGAAGAUGAAAGAGAGACCCGACCUCAAGGUAAAACUCAAGUGUGGCGCCUGCGGAGCCAUCGGCCACAUGAGGACCAACAAGUUCUGCCCGCUGUACUACCAAACCAAUGCGCCGCCGUCCAACCCGGUGGCCAUGACUGAGGAGCAGGAAGAGGAGCUGGAGAAGACCGUGAUCCACAACGAUAAUGAGGAGCUCAUCAAAGUGGAGGGCACCAAGAUCGUGCUCGGGAAGCAGCUCAUCGAAAGUGCUGACGAGGUCCGCCGGAAGUCGUUGGUGCUCAAGUUCCCAAAACAACAGCUCCCUCAGAAGAAGAAGAGACGAGUGGGCAGCGCCGUUCACUGCGACUACCUCAACAAACCACACAAGGCGAUCCACCGCCGGCGCACCGACCCCAUGGUGACGCUGUCGUCUGUGCUGGAGAGCAUCAUCAACGACAUGCGCGACCAUCCCAACACGUACCCCUUCCACACGCCGGUUAACGCCAAGGUUGUGAAGGACUACUACAAGAUCAUCACUCGGCCCAUGGACCUGCAGACCCUGAGGGAGAACGUGCGAAAGAGGAUGUAUCCAUCCAGGGAUGAGUUCCGUGAAGCUGUGGAGCUCAUGGUCAAGAACAGCGCCACCUAUAAUGGAGCCAAACACCCGAUAACACAAGUGGCGCAGUCCAUGUUGGACCUGUGUGACACCAAGCUGAAGGAGAAAGAGGACAGGCUGGUCCGACUGGAAAAAGCCAUCAAUCCAUUACUGGACGAUGACGAUCAGGUGGCUUUCUCCUUCAUCCUGGACAACAUUGUGACCCAGAAAAUGAUGAUCGUUCCUGAAUCAUGGCCCUUCCACCAUCCCGUCAACAAGAAGUUUGUUCCGGAUUAUUACAAAGUGAUCGCCAGCCCCAUGGACCUGGAAAACGUUCGCAAGAACAUCUCCAAACACAAGUACCAGAACCGAGACGCGUUUCUGUCGGACAUCGCGCUCAUCCACGCCAACAGCAUCAAGUACAACGGUCCAGACAGCCCUUACACCAAGACGGCGCUGGAGAUCGUGAAUGUGUGCAGGCAGACCUUGUCGGAGUACGACGAGCACUUGACCCAGCUGGAGAAGGAUAUCUCCACCGCCAAAGAAGCCGCUCUGGAUGCAGCUGAAUUUGAGAGUCUGGACCCGAUGACCCCGGGUCCUUACACCCCUCAGCCUGCUGAUCUGUUUGACAGCGGCGCGACAGGAAGUCUGCCGCGAGAAACCAGCAGCCUUUUCUCUGAAGGCCCCCUAGUGGUCGCUGCUGAGAAGCGAGGCGGGCAGGGACGGCACAGCCGGCGACUGGGGGAGGAGGAGUCGGACGUGGACAUCGAAGGCUUCGAAGAGGAUGAUGAUGGCAAACCCAAAACGCCGGCUCCUGCGGAGGACGCAGAGGGCGACCUGGAGGACGACGACGAUGAGGAGAUGCUGCUGCUGCCCCCCAGGAGAAUACCGGACCGGGACGAAGACGAUGAUGAGGAUGACGACGACAGGGGGCGACCCAACCGCACCGCCCAGUCCAGCGUGUUGUACCAGGACCUGCUCAUGUCUGACGGGGAGGACGACGCCAGUGAGGAGGAGGGCGACAACCCUUUCUCUGCCAUACAUCUGUCAGAGAGUGGCAGCGACUCGGACCGAGAGAUGGACCUGAGACCUCCGCCGCCUCGGAGGGCCCAGGAGACGGCCCGCAUGGGGAUGGAGCAGGACGAGAGCAUGAUGUCAUACGAGGGGGAGGGGCCUGACGACAGCCGUCACAUGGAAGACAGCAACGUCAGUUACGGCAGCUUCGAUGAAGGAGAGAGCCGCAGUCAGCUGCCGCCGUCCAGCCUGGGGAACGGAGAAGAGUACGGCAUCAGCGAGGAAGAGGACGAGGACGAGGAAGACGACGCGCGGAGGAGAGGGCCGGCGGUCCUCUCUCAGGUCCAGCUGAGUGAGGAUGAGGAGAGCGAAGAGUUCCACUCCAUCGGCGGAGACAGCGACCUGGACUCAGACUGAACUUGUGAUAAAAGAUUUGUAAAUAAUGUAGUUUUUUUCUGUAAAUUAUUUUCACUGAAACUGUACCAUUUAAAGAACAAUGAGAACUAAUGUUUGUCUUUUGAUUUUCUACUCAUUAUCGUCCUCUGGUGUUAAGUUGCCAGCAACUACUGACCUGAAUCAAUAAAAGUCUUGGAGCGUAACAGGUGUUCAACAAAGUCAG